GCGCGUACGGUCCUCUGACCCACUGCAUCCUUCGGCGGCCCGAGAGUUCCUCAUCCCGCGACCUGCCCGCUGUGUCCGCUGUGCUUGCCCUGCUGUCGCCGCCACUCUGCGCAGGAGACGCCGGCGAGGAGGUGGUUGAGCCGGGCGGAGGGAGAGCACGAGAUCACCCAGCUCUGCCUCAGGCGCCCAGGCCACCCAUCACUCCUGCCCUCGCUGCCGGCGUGGAGCCAUGAGCUGUGUCCUGACUGGCGUCGUGCCCUUGGGGCUGGUGCUGCUGUUCUGCGGAGCCCAAGGCUUUUUCCUGCCUAAUGUCACACAGUUAGAGAAGCUGCUCAGCAAAUACCAGGGGGACCAGCCCCACUCGCGGACGCGGAGGGCCAUCUCCAGGGUGGACCGGGAGGAGAUCCUCGCACUUCACAACAAGCUGCGGGGCCAGGUGUCGCCGCCCGCCUCCAACAUGGAGUACAUGACCUGGGAUGAAGAGCUGGAGAAGUCGGCAGUGGCCUGGGCCCAGGAAUGCAUCUGGGAGCAUGGGCCCACCAGCCUGCUGGUGUCCAUCGGGCAGAACCUGGCCGUGCACUGGGGCAGGCAUCGUUCCCCUGGCUCCCAUGUGCAGUCCUGGUAUGAUGAGGUGAAGGACUACACCUACCCCUACCCCCACGAAUGCAACCCUUGGUGUCCGGAGAGGUGCUCUGGGCCCAUGUGCACCCACUACACCCAGAUAGUUUGGGCCACAACCAACAGGAUCGGCUGUGCCGUGAACACCUGCCCGAGGAUGAAUGUCUGGGGAGAUGUUUGGGAGAAUGCGGUCUACCUCGUCUGCAAUUAUUUUCCAAAGGGCAACUGGAUCGGAGAAGCCCCCUACAAAACCGGCCAGCCUUGCUCCGAGUGCCCGGGCAAGUACCGCGGUGGCUGCAAGAACAACCUCUGUUACCAAGAGACUUACGGCCAGGAAACUGAAACGGACGACAUGAACGAGGUGGAAGCAGCCCCUAGUCCGGAUGAGAAGCACGUCUGGGUCACCCCGAGGGUGAUCAAACCCAAGAAGCCCAAGAAAGACUCUCCUGUGAACUACAUGACCCAAGUCGUCAAGUGUGACACCAAGAUGAAGGACAAGUGUAAAGGGUCCACGUGCAACAGGUACCAGUGCCCCGCAGGCUGCCUGCACAGUGGAGCAAAGAUCUUUGGGACUCUCUUUUAUGAAAGCGCGUCCAGCAUCUGCCGGGCCGCCAUUCACUAUGGGAUCCUGGACGACAGGGGAGGCUUGGUGGACGUCACUAGGAACGGGAAGGUUCCCUUUUUUGUCAAGUCAGAGAGAAACGGCGUGCAGUCUCUGAGCAAAUACAAGGCUUCCAGCUCAUUCACGGUGUCAAAAGUAAAAGUGCAAGACCUGGACUGCUACACCACUGUGGCCCAGCUCUGCCCGUAUGAGAAGCCGGGGACGCACUGCCCAAGAGUUCGCUGUCCAGCGCACUGCAAAGAUGAGCCAUCCUAUUGGGCUCCCGUGUUUGGAAGCAACAUCUAUGCAGACACUUCCAGCAUCUGUAAGACUGCCGUGCACGCGGGGGUCAUCCGGAACGAGAGUGGGGGCUAUGUGGACGUGAUGCCCGUGGAUAAAAAGAAGACCUAUGUGGGCUCGCUCAGGAAUGGAGUCCAGUCUGAAAGGUAACUUCCUGGUUGCAGCAUAGCCACAGCCACCAAUUGACCUCUUUCUGUGAUGCACGGCAUGUCUCUCUCCUGUUCAAGUCCUGCUGAGAAAAAAAUCUCCGACUCUUACCAGGCAGGUCACCCCACCCACUUCCCCACCCUCCUGGUACAGCAUCUGCCUCGUCACAGCAGUGCCCCUAACUGGCCUGCUCUCUUUCCUGGAUACCUCAGGGCCUUUGCACCUGCUGGUACCCAACCCUGGGCCCUCCCAGCUCCUAUACCUCCCAUGGCUGGACCUCAUGUUGUGUACAUCUACACAAAAAUGCCAGCUCCCCAAGGAGGCACCCUCCUGCUGUGGGGUCUCCAUUCACCCUCCCCCCUGACUGUGCCCCCGAUCUAAUCAGAUCCUCAGGACCCACCACUGUCUGCAAUUACUCCUUACACCUAUUUAGCAGUUGAUCUCUCACUCCCAGACCGUAAGCUCCAUGAAGGUAAGAACCCCUUCACAGGUGUGGUUAACCCUGUGUCCCCGACACCCACCCCAAUGCCCAUACAUAGUAGGUGUUCAGUAAAUACUGGUUGAGUGACUGACAAAAUGAUGAGUUCAGCUAUUUGUUCAGAACCAGUUGUAGGAUUUUUAAUACCCUUUAUGAAAAUUGUUCAAUAAUUUUGGGAACAUCGUCCAACACCUUUGGUGAAAAUUGUUCAGAAAUGUGCUGGUUUACAUUCCCUCGUGGGAGCUACAAACUAACCUAGAAAGAGUCAGAGGGCGAGAUUUAGAAAAGGAGGGUGUCUUAUAAUUUAUCAGGUCACACUUGGUUUUCAUCAGACACACACAGUUGUCCACUUUGCUAGCAGAACUGGAGCUUGGUAAAUGUUUGAAGCAUGGACCUUGCCUGAGGCAGCAGGAGGGACCCACCUGAUGGCACAUGAGAUCCAGUUGGCCCACUGUCUGAUGUGCUGAGAAAUAAACAGCCCGUUCAGCAGAGCUUGCUUGUGCCUUCCGGGUGGGGUGGUUGUUCAGUGGGGAUGUCUGGCAGGAACCUUAGGGUUCCCGUCUGGAUGACAGCCUGAGUGGCCCCUGUCCCUGCUUGUUGGGGGUCCUAUGGAUGGGGGCACCCACUGCCCCAUCCGUAGAGUUUCAGAAUCACAAACCCUGGUAAUUGUCCCCAGCAUGUGUAAUAGCCGAGGGCGUGUGGCUCUGAGUGAUUCUCCCAGACGAUUCAUUUGGGCAGAGAAUCCAGGAUAGUCUUGCAGCCCAGAGGCCCGAGGAGGGCCCUGAGCUUCUGAGAAACCUGCAGGGCAGCCAGGGUCGCUGCAGCCCCCACCACAGUGUCCACCCUCUGCCUCUGCGGGCCCAUGGGGGCUUCUGGCACCAACAUUCCGUUGUUUCUGGGUUCUGGACUUUCUCCACUGCCCCCUCUUGCCAAGGACUCCCAUCUGAUACACAUUUCCAGAAGACCCAGCUCAACCAAAAAAAUAUGAAUGGUAAUAAAAAGCCACAUGAGGGGCUGUGCUGGAGGCACGUGGGUUAACAGGCCACCCCGUGCAUAGAUGAGGAGGUUGUGAAUCAUGGUAACCUUCCUGAAACACAAUUCAGCAGGCUGCCCACAUCACCAGUGGGCAUUCCUCUGAUGCAGUAAUUCCACUCCUAGGAGCUUAUCCCUGGGUGCCCUCCUAUAGAUAUAGGCAGCCCCAUGGACCAGGUUGUUCUCUGUAGCAUUGUUUGCAAAAGCAAAACAUUAGAAAUGGCUAAAUAUCCAUCCUCAGGGACCCAGUUAACUAUAUGAUAAUAGCGUGGCACAGUGCCAGUGCCGGAGCCAGAGGAGACACGGGUUUGACUUCUGGGUCGGGAAGAUCCCCUGGAGGAGGGCAUGGCAACCCACUCCAGUAUUCUUACCUGGAAAAUCCCAUGGACAAGGGAGCCUGGUGGGCUACAGUCCACGGGGUCGCAAAGAGUCGGACACGACUUAGCGAGUGAGUACACGAUAGCUUCCUACGAGAGAAUACUAUGCAGUUGGAUCAAAAGCACGAGGAAGCUGUUUUUGUACAGGGAGCCAAUGGCUGUAAAAGGGACAAAAACAAAUGUUGACAGGAUGUGAAGAAGCUGGAAGAUGCUUGUGUGUCACUGGUGGGGAUGGAAAACAGUGCAGCUGCUUUGGAAAAUAGUCUGGCGGGUUUUUAAGAAGUUGAGCAUACAUUUAACACACGACCUAGUAAUUCCACUCCCAGGUAUAUACCCACAAGGAGUUGAAAGCAUACAUUCACACAAGAACCUGUAUGCAAAUAUUCAUUGCAGCAUCAUUUAUAUUUGCCAAAAAUUGAAUAAAUCUAAAGUCCAUCGACUGAGGAAGGGAUUAAUGGUGUGUGAUCUACCCAGGUGAUGGAAUAUCACUUGGUAAGAAAAGUAAUGAAGUGCUGAACACACUACAACAUGUUGCUGUUUUGCUGUUUAGUCACUAAGUCGUGUCCGACUCUUUUCGACCCCAUGGACUGCAGCUUCCCUGUCCUUCACUGACUUCCGGAGUUUGCUCAAACUCAUGUCCAUUGAGUCAGUGAUGCCAUCCAAC